AUGGAGGUUUUAUUGACAACUGUGAUGGUCGGGUUAGUUGCUAAUUUGGUUGCCAGGCAGGAUGGACCUUCUGUAAUUGUGAUUGGAAAUGGUCUUACCUUAUCUUAUAGUGCUGUUGUCCUCCAGGAGCGUGGUAAGAGCACAUCACGAUAUGGACGAGCUACAUUUUCUGUAUUACUCUUUCAGGAUCUGGUGGUGGUUGUUCUACUCAUACUGAUACCACUAAUUUCACCAAAUUCAUCAAAAACGGGGUUCCUGCUAUAUGAGGUUAGUUUUCAAGCCAUAGCUGAGGCCCUUAGUUUGGCUGCUGUAAAGGCAGUUGUAGACAUCACUACCAUUAUUGCUGGAGGACAUUUGGUUGGAAUGUCCAUUGAUCCCAAGCUUCUUCUUUCAAACUUUCCAGUGUUUAUGGGCUCAUUAGGACUUCUACUUUUUGGCAAGACUAUUUUGGUUGCAUUAGUUCAUAAACUGUUUGGUAUUUCAACUGUAUCGACAAUAAGAGUUGGUCUCCUACUUGCUCCGGGUGGAGAGUUUGCCUUUGUAGCCUUUGGUGAAGCUGUCAACCAAGGAAUAAUGUCUCCUGAAUUGUCAUCUCUGUUGUUUCUUGUGCCAACUGAUGAGGCUAGUGGAUCUAUAUCGCCUAUGGAUGCAAGAAGAUCACGUGAUGAUAGCGAUCCUAAUGACAGUCAUUGA